AUGAUCAUAGUAAGCAGACUCAUGUACAGUAGCUUGCGACGGUAUUCACCCCCUUGGCAUUUUUCCUAUUUUGUUGCCUUAAAAUAUUUUUUGGGGGGGAGGGGGUUGUAUCAUUUGAUUUACACAACACGCCUACCACUUUGAAGAUGCAAAAUAUUUUUUGUGAAACAAUAAAUAAGACCAACAGAACUUGAGCAUGCAUACACCCCUCCCCCCUCCCCAAAAGUCAAUACUUUGUAGAGACAACUUUUGCAGUAUUUACAGUUGCAAGUCUCUUGGUUUGUCUCUUAGCUUGGCACAUCUGGUAUUUUUGCGCAUUCUUCAAGGCAAAACUGCUCCAACUCCAAGCUGCAUGGGUUCCACUGGUGUACAGCAAUCUUUAAGUCAUACCACAGAUUCUCAAUUGGAUUGAGGUCUGGGCUUUGACUAGGCCAUUCCAAAACAUUUAAAUGUUUCCCCUUAAACCACUUAAUUGCUGCUUUAGCAGUAUGCUUAGGGUCAUUAUCCUGCUGGAAGGUGAACCGCCAUCCCAGUCUCAAAUCUUUGGAAGACAGAAACAGGUUUCCCUCAAGAAUUUCUCUGUAUUUAGCACCAGCCAUCAUUCCUUCCUCUUUGUUCCUCUGAUUAAUGCCCUCCUUGCCUGGGCUGUGAGUUUUGGUGGACGGCCCCAUCUUGGCAGGUUUGUUGUGGUGCCAUGUUCUUUAAAGGUGCUCUGUGGUAUGUUUGAAGUUUCAGAUUAUUAUUUUUUAGAACCCAUCCCUGAUCUGUACUUCUCCACAACUUUGUCCCUAACCUGUUUGGAGAGCUCCUUGGUCUUCAUGGUACUGCUAGCUUGGUGGUGUUGCAGACUCUGGGGCCUUUCAGAACAGGGAGAUGACUUUGUCAGAGCCAAUGCCUGCAACAGACUGACAGUCAUUGCUGAUCAAAUUAGAUACCUGCAGGAACAAGCCAGAAAGGUUUUAGAGGAUGCCAAGAAGGACGCUGAGCUGCACCAUGCUGCAUGUAAUGUAGUCAAGAAGCCAGGGAACAUGUAUUACCUGUACGAGCGGCCCUCCGGACAGAAAUACUUCUCUAUCCUCUCGCCUCAGGACUGGGGUGCCGGCUGCCCUCACAAGCCUUGUGGUGCGUUCAAGCUUCAAUACGACAUGUCCUGGACCCCUAUAGAUGACGUGGCGAAGAAGGACGCUGAAAUCGCCAUCAUGGACAAAAUCCUGAGCCAGCAGACAGCCCUGCCUCCUUGCUUAGAGCCCAACUUUGAGAACAUCUCAAAGUAGAGCUGCAACCUGGAACAGGACCAUCUUAAAGGGGCCACAUUGAGUGGCAUUAAGUGGUCUUAAUGGACAGACAGGGACAGAUUUAAUAGCUUGAGAAACAUAAGCUAACUUGGGAGGCAAAUGUGUAUUGUAAAACACAAUUCAUUUAGUUCUUAUUCAUCUGGCACAAACCUUUAGGCAAGCUCAGUAAAUCUGGUCCCAUUAGGGUUUUAAUGUGAAACUUUAGUCAUACAGAACUGUUUUGUUGUGUCAAAGACUUCCCAAAUGGGAAAUACCCCAUGUACAUUAGCAUUAGGAACCAAUUCAAGGUUCAAAAUACUUUCCAGUUUUGCACCAAAGGUCUUUCAAGGAAUGCAUUUGAUUUACUUCCUUAAAUUAAAGCAUAUUCCUUUUCACACAAUGGAAAUUCUUGUUCUGCUAUAUCACUCAAAUGACCAUCUCUAAUAAUAGAUUUGUGUCCAUGUCUUAAUUCUAUUUUCAUGGGGGAACAGGCAACCUGUCCUGUAAUUGGGAGAGAAUGCAUCUUCUGUUUUUGGGACCUGCAAAAUGAUUGUACAGCUGUAAUAAAAUAUUUAAGUAUGGAA